AUGAAACGCAAAUUCACGCCCCGCGAAGGAAUUCACAUAACCCAAAUGCUUCAACGAAUUGGUCCAAAAUGGGUCGAGAUAGCUGAUACUAUGAAUGGUUGUACUGGCCUAAUGAUAAAAAACUACUGUAACAACAACAAAAGGAAAGAGUUAAGGAUUGGCGGAGCCAUUAGGUCGCAAACUCCCCCGAGUAUCAAUGCCGCUCCAGUAAUACCAAAUCAUUCAGACCGAAGGUACGGUAAUUUUAAAAAAAUUUUUGUUACAUCGUAUCGCACCUUGAUGAUUAAUGAAAAAUUAUCGUCGUACAUGCACACAUUGAUUUCAAUAAUUAUCGCCAGCGUACAACCGAUCAACGAUAAGAAUGAGAAAAUGAUGAUCUGCUUCGUUCUUAACGAACUUUAG